ACAUGCACGUGUGUAUAUGUUAAGCAAUGCUGACUGACUUACUGUAUUGUGACUGUAUUCUAAUCUGGCAACUGAAGAACAUGUUAUGGGAGUGGCCUUGUACAAGCCCCGCCCUCUGCCCUGUAAUGUCCUAUUGGUAGGAAUGAGAGGGUGGAAACUCACCUCUAACUGUUCCCUCCCAGUUCUAAAUGAAAGCCCAUUGUGGAAUGCACACAUUCUCUCUCUUACAUGUGUAUACUCACACACCCUCACUCUCCCUCACGUAUGUUCAUCAGGUCCUCUCUCCUUCCUGUUUUUCACAAGUUCCUGCCUUUUUACUGACGCUAGUGUUGUCGCAGACUGGAAGGAGUUCAAGCUUCCCAGGAAUCCCUUGUUUAGGAUUCCUAACUAGGAGGGCUGCACUAAGGAAAGCGCUUUGAAAUCAACCAACACAUGUUUGUUGUGAAGAUCGAGCUGACCAUGCUUUGGAGCUUAUAGGUGUAGCUGACAUUGGGGGGUUGGAAAUUUGGCUUGGGAUGAGGUGAAGUGGGGGUGGAAGAGGAAACCCCAUUCACACAGAGAUCACCCAGCACAAGACACGCUGAGCCGAGAGUUUUCUCUAGUCCUUGGGGAAAACUAGCUUCACAAUCUUCUCCUGAUGGAACUCAGGAGGACAAACGUUCCCAGGGUUCCCAAUAGCUGCUGAAACACUUUUAGAAGAUUUGGUUUAAUUAUGGAAUCACUGAGGGAAUCUAUUCUUCAUUUAACAUUUCAGAUGUCAACGUACAAACGAGCCACACUGGAUGAAGAGGAGCUGUUGGACACCGGCUCCGAUGGGAUCUACCACACCUCUACCAUGCAGGUGGGGCUGCAGCGUGGUCUGGGACUCCGGUGCUGGGCAGAGAAAACCCACACUGAGAGGAAGCUAGUGGUCAUCGUGUGCGCUCUGUCUGUGGCUCUGUUCAUUUGUAUCAUGACUUUGGGUCUGCACUAUAAAGAAUCACAUCCGGGAAUGUGCCUGUCAGAGCCUUGUGUUAGUGUUGCAAGUACGGUCUUGGGGGCUCUUGACCGGUCAGUGGACCCCUGCCAGGAUUUCUACAACUUUGCAUGUGGGGGAUGGGUGAGGAAAAACCCGUUACCUGAAGGCAAGUCCCGCUGGGGUCCUUUCAGCAACUUGUGGGAACACAACAUGGCCAUCAUGAGGAACUUAUUAGAGAAUACCAGCAUGACAAGCCUGAGCAAAGCGGAACAAAAAGCCCAGUGGUAUUACCAAGCUUGUAUGAACGAGAUGAAAAUUGAAGCACUUGGAGCAAAACCACUUCAGGAUCUCAUCAAUCAGACAGGAGGUUGGGGCUUGAAAGGCCCGUGGGAGAAAGAUAACUUCCAGGAGGUUUUACGGACUGUGUCAGCCAAUUUCCGAACCUCCCCCUUUUUCACUGUUUUUGUCAGCACAGACUCAAAAAGCUCCAACAGCAACAUCAUCCAGGUGGAUCAGUCAGGAUUGGGACUUCCCUCUAGGGAAUACUAUCUCAAUAAGACAGCCAAUGAAAAGUAUUUAAAAGCAUACUUGAACUACUUGGUUGAGCUUGGAAUGCUUUUGGGCGGCUCAGAGGAGACCUCUCAGAAGAUGAUGCAGGAGAUCAUAGACUUUGAAACGGCCCUGGCAAACAUCACAGUCCCUCAGGAUGAGCGACGUGACGAGAUGAAAAUCUACCAUAAAAUUCAAGCCAAAGAGUUAGCUACAUUGGCUCCUGCAGUAGAUUGGAUGCCUUUCCUCUCUGCAGUGUUCGCCCCUGUUGCUCUAAAUUACUCUGAACCCGUGGUUGUGUACGCUAAAGAAUACCUCCAGAAAGUCUCAGAACUCAUCAGCAACACCAACAAGAGCGUAUUGAAUAACUACAUGAUCAUGAAAGUGGUGCGGAAAAUGGUGUCCAUCUUAGACCAGAGGUUCCAAGAUGCAGAACAGCGCUUCCUUGAAGUCAUGUAUGGCACCAAGAAGAGCUGCACACCACGCUGGAAACUUUGCACCAGCGACACAGAUAGCGCUCUGGGCUUUGCUCUCGGGGCGCUCUUUGUCAAAGCUACUUUUUCCGAAGACAGCAAAGCUUUUGUUGAAGAUAUGGUCUCCGAUAUCAAAUGGGCCUUUGAAGACAGCCUGAAGACUGUCAGCUGGAUGGAUCCCGAGACAAAAAAAGCAGCCAAAGAAAAGGCAGAUGCAAUAUACAACAUGGUUGGUUAUCCAAAGUUUAUUAUGAACCCCAAAGAGCUGGACAAGGUGUUUAAUGAUUUUGAUGUUGUUUCAGAUCUUUACUUUCAAAACGUCAUGAAAUAUUACAACUUCUCUGCUCGAGUGACUGCUAACCAGCUGAGAAAAGUCCCCAACAGAGAUCAAUGGAGUAUGACUCCACCUACAGUUAAUGCCUACUACAACCCCACAAAGAAUGAGAUGGUUCUUCCAGCAGGCAUUCUCCAAGCUCCAUUUUAUAACCAUGCCUGGCCAAAAGCAAUGAAUUUCGGUGGUAUAGGUGUGGUUAUGGGGCAUGAGCUCACCCAUGCCUUUGACGAUCAAGGAAGAGAGUAUGAUAAGGAUGGGAAUUUGCGUCAGUGGUGGCUAAAUUCUUCAGUGGAGGCUUUUAAACACCAGACCCAGUGCAUGGUGGAGCAGUACAGCAACUACAGUAUAAAUAAAGAACCUCUAAACGGGAAACACACUUUGGGAGAAAAUAUUGCUGACAACGGAGGCCUAAGGGCAGCUUAUAAGGCCUAUAUCAACUGGAUCGAGAAGAAUGGUGAAGAGGCCACUCUGCCUGCCCUUGGAAUGACCAAUCAUCAGCUGUUUUUUGUGGGAUUUGCUCAGGUGUGGUGCUCAGUUCGGACACCUGAAAGCUCUCACGAGGGCGUUAUUACUGACCCCCACAGUCCGUCACGUUUCCGGGUCAUUGGCACCAUCUCCAAUUCCCAUGAGUUCUCUACACACUUUGGCUGCAAGGCAGACUCACCCAUGAACCCCAAACGGAAGUGUGAGCUGUGGUGACAGUGACUCUGUCACUGUAUGGGGGACCGAACCUGGAGCGGUUAUCGCUCAAAAAUCCCAAACAUCCAUCUCAGGUUGCCUAAUCUAGACUGCCAAAAAGCUGGUGGAUUUAUAGUGGAUGACAUAUUUUCCAGCUAUUACUUGCCUCUUAAUGGGGAAUUGGUGUAAAUAGGGACUCCAAGGAAGUCUAUAUAAUGGAGUGUUGUUCUUACAAACAUUCAAAACACUGGAAGUUAGUGGUUAAAUAUAAUGAGAGAAGGAAUUCUCCUUUCUGCAAAUAUGUUUUCUUUGAAUAUGUGCCUUUUUAGCAAAUGCUUUUAUUUUUCUAAUAGGAAAUAAUAUUUAAGUUAUCUGUAUUACAUUGUUGGUGGGAUUUAUUUUUUUUGUCUGUAAUGUUUACCAAUUCUUGCACAACACAUUGUGCAAGCAUAAUACAUGGUUGACAAGUUUUAUAA